AAAGGGGCCGCGACCUGAAAAUUUCCGUCCACUCUGCCGCGGCUUUCCAGCUCCCCUCCACCUCCUCCCACCGUGGACGUCCUCAGAUUGAGUUGGAGAGGGGGCGCCCCAGGGAGGUGUCCUGGGAAAGCUUGGAAAGGGGAACCGUGGAGAGACACCCACCACCUCCUCCUGCGUCCCCGGGGCUGCUGAAUCACCGGCGAGGUAUCUGCAAGCGCUUGAAUGAGCCUGACACCAGCCUCUGUCCCUGGGUGCCUGACGUGACAACAAGGAGCCUGUCGGUCAUCCCUGGCAUGCCCCACCAGCCCUCAGCCUGAGUCCGAGGCCCCUGCCCCUGCCGGCCGCCACCCUGCACUGUCCCGGCUCCCCCGAGGUCCCCACGCUGCAGUGCGGCCAAGACCCUUCCCCGCAGGGGCCACCCCCAACGCCCACCCCUGGUGCCCGGGGUGGCCCGGCCCGCAGGGCCAUGAAGCUUCAGGCCGUGAUGGAGACCCUCAUUCAGAGGCAACAGCGUGCCCGGCAGGAAUUGGAGGCCCGGCAGCCACCGCCACCCCCACCACCCGAGCCCACCGGGGUCCGUGCGCGGACCGCCAUAACAGAUGAGGACAGGGAGCCUGAGAAUGCCCGGAUGCACAGGACGCAGAUGGCUGCGCUGGCAGCCAUGCGAGCCGUGGCUGCUGGCUUGGGGCAUCCGUCCUCUCCUGGUGGCUGUGAGGACGGGCCUCCCGGCUCUGAGGACGAAGACACAGCCCGGGAAGGGACUCUGAGCUCACCCACCCUGCGUGGAAGAGACCAGGAGGGACCAGGACACGCUGAAGGGGAUGGACAUCUGCUGGACAUGGGCUCUGAUGACGACAUGAAACCCAAGUGGGAAGAGCACGAACUGGAUGAGCUGGGGGAGGAGGAAGAGGAGGAGGAAGAGGAGGAUGACUUCGAGGAAGAGGAGGAGGAGGAGGAGGAGGGCCUGGGCCCCCCGGGGUCUUCCAGCCUGGGCUCUGCAGGCCUGUUCACCCGCAAGGCCCAACCUGCUCAGGCUUUCCGUGGAGAUGGUGGUCCCAGAAUGCUGGGCGGUCCUGAGCGCCUGGGACCUGGCCCGGCCCACCCCACUCACACAGCGUCCCAGAUGCCACCACCAGACCACGGGGACUGGACGUUUGAGGAGCAGUUCAAACAGCUCUAUGAACUGGACGCGGACCCCAAGAGGAAGGAGUUUCUAGACGACCUGUUCAGCUUCAUGCAGAAGCGGGGCACGCCAGUGAACCGGAUCCCCAUCAUGGCCAAGCAGGUCCUGGACCUGUUCAUGCUGUACGUGCUGGUGACAGAGAAGGGUGGCCUCGUGGAGGUCAUCAACAAGAAGCUGUGGCGGGAGAUCACCAAGGGGCUCAACCUGCCCACCUCCAUCACCAGCGCCGCCUUCACGCUGCGGACACAGUACAUGAAGUAUCUUUACCCCUAUGAGUGUGAGCGCCGAGGCCUGAGCAGCCCCAAUGAGCUCCAGGCCGCCAUAGACAGCAACCGUAGGGAGGGCCGGCGCCAGAGCUUCGGAGGCUCACUUUUUGCCUACUCACCCAGUGGAGCCCACAACAUGCUGUCCUCACCCAAGCUACCAGUGACUUCCCUGGGCCUAGCCGCCAGCACCAAUGGCAGCUCCAUCGCCCCGGCACCCAAGAUCAAGAAAGAGGAAGAGUCCGCCAUCCCCAUCGCAGUCCCAGGCCGCCUGCCGGUGUCUUUGGCUGGCCAUCCUGUUGUGGCGGCCCAGGCAGCUGCCGUACAGGCUGCGGCAGCCCAGGCAGCUGUGGCGGCCCAGGCGGCUGCCCUGGAGCAGCUCCGGGAGAAGCUGGAAUCCACUGAGCCUCCAGAGAAAAAGAUGGCCCUGGUUGCCGAUGAGCAACAGCGCCUCAUGCAGCGAGCUCUGCAGCAGAACUUCCUGGCCAUGACAGCCCAGCUGCCCAUGAACAUCCGGAUCAAUAGCCAAGCCUCCGAGAGCCGCCAGGACAGUGCCAACAGCAGCAACAGUAUUAGCAUGUCCGUGGAAAUGAAUGGUAUCGUGUACACAGGGGUGCUGUUUGCUCAGCCACCGCCCCCCACGCCACCCUCCGCCCCCAGCAAAGGUGGCAUCAGCGGCAUUGGUACCAACAACACCGUGGGUAGCCGGACUGGAGCCAGCGGCGGGACCGGCAGCGGCCAGGUGGGGCUGGCCGGGGUGUCCACGCCCCCUACAUCUUCUACCUCAAAUAACUCCUUGCCUUAAAGGAAAUCAAGUCAUAUAGCUGCCCACUCACCACGGGACACAGCCACACGAGGACCUGGGAUCGGAAGAACCCCAGUGGGCCGGGCAGAUUUCCAGGGAGCCACACUGAUGCCAAGAGGAGAGAAAAAUUUAUAUAUAUACAUAUAGAGAGAUAGCUAGAGAAACAGAUUUAAUAAAUCAGGGCGAAGAACACUUGAAUCUCUCAGGCUUUGGAGACUCCGAGAAACGGAUUUGACAAGGGCCACCAAGGCAACCUCAAAGCAGAAGGAGGCCACCUUUCCAGAGGCUUCCAUGGGGUCCGGCUUGACCAGCUCAGUUCAAGCACGUCUGUUUACCUCAUGAAUCCCAGCA